AUGACGACCGUUGAGCGGUGGCAGGGGCAGCUGCCGUCCCGCCUGAGAGGCGGCGAGGGAAGUUCAACGCAGGUGGCUACCCAAGAUAGCCCAGAUGUCGAAUGUCCGGAGGGCCUGAGGCACAAGUUCUCAAAUUGGCGAGCCUCUGUUCCUUUUCGUUCCUCUCCAAACAUCACAUCACAACCAGCACAGCGGGCAGAUCCCAAGACACCGCAGUAUGAAGAGUCUGAUUCUGGUAUCGGCAUCACCACGCCAUCAUCCCAAGGUCAUCAAAACGAGCCUCCUGGCCUAGAACUGCCUGGAACUGGGCUUAGGUGCUUUGAAAGCCCUAUAUCUGAUCGACUGAAAGCGCGGUUCUUCGACAUCAAAGUCUUGUACACCCAACCACUACUGGACUACAUCCUCAAAAGGAAGAAAGAUCCGGGAGACAUCUCUAUGAAAUUGAAAUACCUGGGACUCAACUCGCUAAGCACCAAACUCCAUAUCGUCAUUCAGUGUGAAAGAAAAAUCGCCAAGAGAGUGAGGAAAUUCUUCGCGCAAGGUCAUGUUGAAGAAGAGCUUUUGCCUGACUUUCGUGUCUUUGUACUGGAAAAGGCACUCCUACGACUGACAGAUAAUGAGGCGAUAGAGGUUCUGACAGACUCUGUACCAGAGAGAACAUGGUGUGGAACGCCCAUCAGACUGAGACGAGGCAAUGUGUCUGUCGUAGCGACUUUCGGUGGUAUCAUUGUGGUUGAAGCCGCUCACAAGCGUCUAGUUGGCUUGACGGCUGCCCAUUCUCUAAAUAAAUUGCACAGUCCUCUCUCUAAUCAGCUAUUGACGCAUGAUAAAGAAGUACCCUUCUCAUCCUCAUCCUCGGACGCUUCCGAGAGCGAGAGCGACUCUGAUUGCGAGUCCACGAUCACGACUGAAAGCUCAGUGCAGCAUCCUGAGCACUUGGAUGGCAAGGGACUGGAAACCACUGCAUCUCAAAACACCUUGGAAAUCGGCACCAUCCUUUGCAAUACAUUCAAUUCUCCGAUGGCUCAGAACUAUGACUGGGCUAUUAUUGAUUUGAGCCAACAGCCGACAUUACCUAACAAAGUUGUCCUAGGUGGACAGUCUGACUCGUCAGAUUUUGAGGAAGAAAGCGACCUUGAACCCAUCUUGUUUCCAGUUGGGAAUCCUUGUGUAUCAGUUUCUAGGCAAGUCAUGGUACUGAAGCAAGGUGCCAAGCCGAUUGGAGAGAUGUCUCUUGACACUUCCUCUGUGCUGAUAUCCCCAGGAUCAUCGUUUGUUGAGGUCUAUGAUCUUGCCAUGGAGCAUGGCUUUUCAUUAAGUCCCGGUGACUCCGGCUCAUGGGUAGUCGAUGCGAAGACCUCGGUAUUAUAUGGUCAUGUUGUUUCGACUGAUGCCUUUGAGGAGGCCCAAGUAAUGCCUAUCCGUUCGACACUCGACAGUAUCAAGGUGCAGAUGAAUGCCACACGAGUAUCCUUGCCAAGUAGUGAUGACAUCCGAAUGUUGCAGGAGGAGUUGAUGAGUCACGCACCAGCCAACUUGGAAGUUUCAUCGGUCACCGAAGCAUGCGAAAAGCAGGAAGGUACACAGGUAACUCGACCAGAAGAUAUGAAGGGAGGCCAAUCUAUGUCAUCUUCACCUUCUAAGGAAGCAUCUGAUAAGUCUUCGUCUAAGCGCGCACUAUCUCAACAAGACAUUGUUGCACAGAGCCUUGAGAUCGCUCGUGAAAGUCCUGACGGGGCUUCGUAUCCUUCUAUCAGAGAGAUCCUUGAAUCUGCACUGGAAGAAAUAUGGGCCAAGAUCCAGGAUCAGCCCGACUCGUAUGUUAUGACGAGAGAUGAGUUUGCCGUCUUCAAUUUCUUCCAGCACCGCUUCGCUGGUGAUAAAAUGGCAGUCUCCGCUCGAAAGAGAUUUUGGGAAGCAGCAGCAGCUGUAGACUCUUCGGAAUCUACCAAGACCGAAAGUAGUGAUCUUGCUCAGAUUGACGCCAUUCGGGAGUUGGUCCAGGCCUCGUAUCGACGCGUUGGUACAUAUGGCCCAGAUUUCGCCAACGUGGCUACUAAAUUGUACAAACUUGAAAUGACUCUUAGGCGGCUGCGAGAUGAAGUCGCCGAGGAACAAGAAGAGUUACCUAUGCACAUCCAACAAUCUUACACAAAUCAUCUUCACUCACUAGUCGAGGAUUGGGAUUUCGCAAUGAAACGAGUCAAUUCUUUACUUACUACGUAUCAUGAGGAGGAGAUAAGUCUUGUAGGGGAAGAGGCCUCCAUGAGCGGUGAACUGAAGCCUAUGGAGCCUAUCUUGGCUGGCAAAAGGAUGGCAAUUGAGCUACUGUUAGACUCAAUUCAGUUACAAAAGCCUCAGAUCUACGACCAACACCAGUCUGACCUCGAAGAAAUCAAGGACAAGGUCGACCAUAUUGCUGCUCACCUUUUCGCCCACUGGAAUGCUGAAUCCUUUUCAGGAGGGAAUGAUGCUUUAUGGCGACAUUUCCAGCUACUGCUGGAGAAAGAAGGAUUUUCUUCUCAAGUCCUAAGCAAAAAGAAAGAUAUCCUCAUGGCGUAUAUCAAAGACCUCGGCUAUAUUGCCGAUACCACCACUAACACACUUUCUCAUGUUCAUAAACCAGUCAUGGAAUCUCGGGGAACUGAUUCUCACGGCCGAAAAAAGCCGGAUCUGGAGCACAAGUAUGAUACCAGUAUACAAAUGGAUGUCAUCACUACAGAGGACAUUAUUGCUCUAGAUGGAAAGGAUGCAACCAUUCAACAUAUCCAACCUGCCCUUUCACCAAGGGAAUCAAAGAUUCUACGACAGGCCAUGCCAGCACAGCUUCGGUCAAAAGAAACCUCUUGUGAUGAGGAUGGAUUUCAUGAGGAUGGAAGCGAUCUUGAUGAAACAUCACCGCCCAUUGCCUCGUCAAGGUCCAAAUACAGGCGCAGGGGCAAUAACCAUCCGUCCCGUUCUACUCAAUCGUCUCAACAUAUGUCCCCCGAUCAAAACGGUAUAGAAAUAGCUGACGGUGCCCAUUGGACGAAGAUACCACGCAAACUUGUCAGUGUCGAGGUACUUCAACGAGCGGGCGUGCGAUACGAAGCAAGACCGGAUUAUGUGGCCAUACUUGGUAUUUUAUCCAGAGAACAAGUGGCAAAGCUCGUUCACGAGAGUGAAUCGACGAUAACCUCACGUCCUCCACCGCCGUAUCCUGAAGACAGAAGUUUUUCCAGACAAGGACGUCCUGUGUUCGCAAAUACCGAUGACGAAGAGAUGUCAUUCAUCCCUCUGAUCGAAGGCGACGACAAGGGCAACGUAGCUGUUCGGACAAAUCACAGGGGGUCUAUCAAGACUCGCCAUAGCGAUGUUGCAUGGUAUUUUCCGCGCAGAGGGGCCGAGAAGAAACAAGAAAAACCCGGAAGUAGACAAGAGAUUUCAUACCCAAGGCAGUUUAAAGGGGUUGAAAUACGGCUGAAACGCAAGCCUCACCGGGAAAAGAAUGGCCAGGGUGGGCUUCAGCACAGCGCAAGAACCUAUGAUAAGGGUGUUCCAGGCGGUGUAGUUGGAAUUGGCAGUGCUGCUGUAAGCUUGCUCAGCGUGCUAUCUGAGGCUGCGCCUGCUAUUUAG